CGAUCGACAUCCCUUCGAAUUUGGAUUCAGAAUUUUUUUCUCCAAUUCGGAUCGGAAUUUUUACUUUAGACCGGAUCGAACACGAUUCGGAUGGGGAUUACCAUUGUACAUCGGUAAGUAAAAACGAAACGUUCUGUAAGCAACUAGGCACCUGAACUUUCUCCAUACUCCAUAGCCCGGUCGGUCGUGGCGUUGUCUCUCUUCUUCAACCUGUGCUUUCUCUCUCUCUUCAAGCUUUUCUCCUUUCCAUAGCUAAACCCUAAUAAUCACAGUCUUACUUUCUCCCAAUUCGACAAAGAAGAAAGGGGAAAAUGGGGACAAUGGGAAGAGCAGUAUACAGAGUAGGGUUCUGGAUCAGAGAGACUGGUCAAGCACUUGAUCGUCUCGGUUGUCGUCUUCAGGGAAACCCCUUCUUUCGUGAACAAUUGUCUCGGCAUCGGACUCUCAUGAACGUAUUUGACAAGAAGCCUUUCGUCGAUAAGGAAGCAUUCGUUGCACCAAGCGCAUCUAUCAUUGGAGAUGUUCAGGUUGGACAUCGUUCCUCAAUUUGGUAUGGAUGUGUUUUAAGAGGUGAUGUGAACUUCAUUAGCAUUGGGUCUGGGACAAAUAUUCAAGAUAAUUCUCUCGUUCAUGUGGCAAAAUCCAACCUUUCUGGGAAAGUAUUGCCAACUAUUAUUGGAGACAAUGUUACUGUGGGUCAUAGUGCUGUAUUACACGGAUGCACUGUUGAGGAUGAGGCUUUUAUCGGUACGGGUGCUACUUUGCUCGAUGGAGUAUUAGUUGAGAAGCAUGCCAUGGUUGCAGCUGGAUCUCUUGUACGACAGAACACAAGGAUCCCUUGUGGGGAGGUAUGGGCUGGAAACCCUGCAAAAUUUGUGAGGAAGAUCACAGAAGAUGAGAUGACAUUUAUUUCUCAGUCAGCCAAUAACUAUCAUAACCUAGCACAGGUUCAUGCAACCGAAAAUGACAAGAAAAUCGAUGAGAUUGAAUUUGGAAAGGUGCUUCACAAGAAAUACACUCUCAAGAACGAGGAAUAUAACUCAAUGAUCGAUGCUGUUCGUGAAACUAUGCCAGAACUCGUCUCUAGCAACGUUACCAAAUAAAGCAGCAGUAAUAGCUUCCUAAUUGGGGCGCGCUCUUCCUAGGUUGGUUGCCAUUUCGGAUUAUGUUGUUUUCAGGUGAUUUUUUGUUGGUUUAUCUCCAAUUUUAGGUACUGGUUGAUUUACCUCUUUGAAUAGUGUAAACAUGUUGACUGAUGCCUCAGAAUCUUGGUUUCUACCUUUGAUGAUGCCACCAGUUCACAAUGAAUAUAAGUGUCAAAUAAUCAUCGUCAACCUUUCUCAGCUGCCUGUAUUUUUUAUACCUGUUAUGAGGUCGAGCAAAGCUAUUGUUUUAUUUUGA